AGACCGCCCCAACAUCCGGACCUCAGCGCGCAGUGCCUGCACCAUGAACCGCAGCUCCCAGCCGCUCUUCAGCGGCGCGCACGCCGGCGUCCCCCCGACCUACGAGAUGCUCAAGGAGGAGCACGAGGUGGCCGUGCUGGGGGCGCCCCAGACGGCGGCCCCCGUGACGACCACCGUGAUCAACAUACGCAGCGAGACCUCUGUGCCCGACCACAUCGUCUGGUCCCUGUUCAACACGAUCUUCCUGAACGUCUGCUGCCUGGGCUUCGUGGCGUUCGCCUACUCCGUGAAGUCCAGGGACCGGAAGAUGGUGGGCGACGUGACGGGAGCGCAGAGCUAUGCGUCCACCGCCAAGUGCCUCAACAUCUGGGCCCUGAUCUUGGGCCUUCUUCUGACCAUCGUGUUCAUCAUUAUUUGCGCCACUGGCUCAGUGAUGAUUUUCCAAAGCGUUUCAGAGGUCGCGAAGGGUUAUGGAGGCUACUAGCGGCUGCCAUGGCCUGAGGCUGUCACCCGUUUUCCAGCAGUUUAUACGCACCUUUGUCUACAAGUAAAUGUUUUCAAUAAAGAACUUGUAUGGGA